GCAUUUGCUUAAUGUCACAUCACUUUCAUGUCACAAGCAGAAACAUUCAAUUCUAGUGACACGUAGCCGCAACAAUAAUAAUAAUUUGGGCCACAAUACCAACAAUAAUUCAAUCAACAAAUCAUCAUUUAAGUCGUAUUCGUUUUAUUUAAGUUAAAGAACAGCUUGCCAAAAUGACUGCCAUCGAGCAGCCAUGUUACACCCUAAUAAACAUGCCCUCAGAUUCUGAGCCGUACAAUGAGAUGCAGCUGAAAAUAGAUCUAGAGAAGGGUGACACAAAGACAAAAAUUGAGGCCCUAAAGAAGGUUAUCAACAUGAUAUUGGCUGGAGAACGUAUGCCAAGUGUGCUGAUGACUAUCAUUCGAUUUGUGCUGCCAUUGCAAGACCACACCAUCAAGAAGAUGCUGCUUAUCUUCUGGGAGAUUGUACCAAAAACGUCAGCUGAUGGAAAACUGCUGCAAGAAAUGAUUUUGGUAUGUGAUGCAUACAGGAAAGAUUUGCAGCAUCCCAAUGAAUUUUUAAGAGGGUCCACUUUGAGGUUCUUGUGCAAGUUGAAAGAGCCAGAACUUCUUGAACCUCUGAUGCCAACAAUCAGAGCAUGCCUUGAACACAGGCAUUCAUAUGUGAGGAGAAAUGCUGUGUUAGCAAUUUUUACAAUCUACAAGAAUUUCGAGUUCUUAAUACCCGACGCGCCAGAGUUGAUUGCUACACUACUACUUGGAGAGAAGGAUAUGUCUUGCAAGAGAAACGCAUUUUUAAUGUUGCUGCACGCUGAUCAGGAUAGAGCUUUAUCUUAUUUGGCUUCGUGUUUAGAUCAGGUUAACACUUUUGGGGAUAUUUUGCAAUUGGUUAUCGUCGAGUUGAUUUAUAAGGUGUGUCACGCAAAUCCCUCGGAACGUUCGCGUUUCAUCCGUUGCAUAUACAAUUUACUGAACUCUAGCAGUCCGGCUGUAAGAUACGAAGCAGCUGGAACUCUGAUCACACUUUCAAAUGCACCAACAGCUAUCCGGGCUGCUGCAAGUUGCUACAUAGAGCUUAUCGUGAAAGAGAGUGACAACAAUGUUAAAUUGAUCGUUUUGGAUCGUCUGAUUGCUUUGCGCGAGCAUCCGGCGCAUGAAAGGGUACUACAAGAAUUGGUUAUGGAUAUCCUUCGUGUUCUCUCGAGCCCUGACUUGGAAGUGCGGAAGAAGACCCUCGCUUUAGCAUUAGAUUUGGUGUCUUCACGCAAUAUCGAAGAGAUGGUUUUGGUUCUGAAGAAAGAGGUGUCCAAAACUCACGACGUUGAACACGAAGAUACUGGAAAAUACAGGCAACUACUCGUCCGCACAUUGCACUCCUGCAGUAUUAAAUUCCCAGAUGUGGCAACUACCAUUAUUCCCGUAUUAAUUGAAUUCUUAUCUGACACAAACGAAUUGGCCUCCGCUGAUGUAUUGAUCUUCGUAAGAGAAGCCAUACAGAAAUUUGAAACUUUACAACCUUUGGUUAUUGAGAAGCUACUGGAAAGCUUCAAUGAGAUUAAAUCAUCAAAGAUCCAUCGCGCGGCUCUUUGGAUUCUUGGAGAAUAUGCAGUGAACACGUCCGACAUCGAGGCUGUCUUAAAAGCUAUUACUUUUACCUUAGGCGAAGGGUCUUUAUUAGAAGCUGAACAACGGUUGAACUCCGGUGAAGUUGUUGAAGAAACUGGAGCAAAUACAACAACUCAAGGUAGCAACACUUUGGUUACUUCCGAUGGAACUUACGCCACUCAAUCGGCUUUCAACACAACUCAGAAAUCCAAAAAGGAUUCUCGUCCACCAUUGCGGCAAUACUUUAUGGAUGGUGAUUUCUUCAUCGGUGCUGCAUUGGGUACCACAUUGACCAAAUUAGCUCUACGUUACGGAGUCGCUGUUUCAGCAGCCAAAAAAAACCAGUUCGAUGCGAAAGUUAUGCUUAUCAUGGCUGGUAUCAUUCAUCUAGGAAAAUCUGGAUUGCCGACGAAGGCUAUAACAAACGAUGACAGUGAUCAUCUUCUAUUCUGUCUGCGCGUUUUGUCCGAACGCACCGAGAAGAUUAUCAAUAUAUUCAGUAAGCAAUGCCGCGGCGCUUUGAACGACAUGCUGACGGCUAAGGAAAUCGAAGAAGUGAGCACACAGAAAGCUAAAGAAAAGCCUAAUCAUAAAAUCCAAGCUGACGAUCCGAUUUCAUUCAUGCAACUUCAACCGGAUAAAUCUGGAGAGUUGGGAGAGAACGUGUUUGAAUCAUCCUUAUCUCAGGCUUUGGUGGGCGGAAGAACUGGAGGAAAUGAACUAGUUUCCAACAGCAAAUUGAACAAAGUCACCCAGUUGACAGGAUUCUCUGAUCCGGUGUAUGCCGAAGCUUAUGUUCACGUUAAUCAAUACGACAUUGUCCUCGAUGUUUUGAUCGUAAACCAAACGAACGACACGUUGCAAAACUGCACUUUGGAAAUAGCUACAUUGGGAGACCUCAAGUUGGUGGAGAAACCGCAGCCGGUUGUUUUAGCUCCCAAGGACUUCUGCAAUAUUAAGGCCAAUGUUAAGGUGGCUUCAACAGAGAACGGAAUCAUCUUCGGAAACAUCGUUUACGAUGUAACUGGCGCCGCCUCAGAUCGUAAUGUCGUUGUACUCAAUGACAUUCACAUUGAUAUCAUGGAUUACAUAGUUCCUGCUUCCUGCACAGACACCGAAUUCCGCUCGAUGUGGGCUGAAUUCGAAUGGGAGAACAAGGUAUCCGUGGUCACAUCGAUAACAGACCUAUCUGAAUUCCUCAAGCACCUGGUUACGAGCACCAACAUGAAAUGCCUCACCCCGGAGAAGGCAUUGUCUGGUCAAUGCGGCUUUAUGGCAGCAAACAUGUACGCAAAGAGUAUUUUUGGAGAGGACGCUUUAGCUAAUUUGAGCAUCGAAAAACCUUACAAUAAACCCGAGUCUACAGUCACUGGACACAUAAGGAUCAGAGCUAAGAGCCAGGGCAUGGCUUUGAGUUUGGGAGAUCAAAUUACUCAAUGGCAAAAGGGGCAAAGUAAAGUCGUGGCUGCUUAAUGAAUUCCAAUGUUUUAAUAAUGUAUUUUCCAUAUUAUUUUCGUAUUUAUAUAUAAUGAAAGAAAGAUUUUAUGUUUAA